UUGCGGCGGUGGAUCUGUCACGAUGGGCGCGGAUAAGCCAAACGGCGUGGCAAACUACUGCCGGCGCCCUCCACAGAGACCCUUCCUUCAGCAAAUACAAUACGCGAUAUGGAAUCCAGAGGAGAGAACAUUCCUGGGCCGCACAGGGAAAAGAUGGGGAGUCAUCGGGCUGAUCUAUCUGGUGAUGUACAUCUGCAUCAUUAUUUUCUUCUCCAUCUGCAUGUGUGGUCUCCUGGCCACCAUGGAUGAACGGAUUCCGUACUUCACGCUAGCUGACUCUAUUAUAGGUGACAAUCCUGGCAUGGGACACAGACCGUUGGUGUUCGAGGAGGGCGCUCUGAUCUGGUAUAAAGCAGACAACGCCACGCAAGUCAAGAAAUAUGUGGACAAUAUCAACGCUUUUCUAGCACCUUAUGAGAACAAGUCUCUGUUAAUCAAUGGGGGUGUGAACCAGCGCGAGUGUGGUGAGGUGAAGCCCCCAAGGAAAGAAGUGUGCGCGUUCAACACCUCGCUGUUGGGGCCCUGCUCCAAGGAGAACAAUUAUGGAUACUCCACCAAGACGCCGUGUAUCAUCAUCAAGUUGAAUAGGUUAUUCGACUGGAACCCGGACUACUACGAUGACCCUGGGGACCUGCCUCCUAACAUACCUCCAGAUAUCACGGCGUACAUCAACUCUACCACCACAGUACAGCAACGUCGUAAAGUGUGGGUGUCGUGUAUGGGCGAGCGUCCAGCUGACAUUGACGCUUUGGGUCCUUUGAAGUACUGGCCGUACCCUGGCCUGCCAGAGACAUUCUUCCCAUACGACAACACGCCAGGUUACCUCAGUCCCCUGGUGGCAGUGCAGCUUCUCAAACCAACUUUACACCAGAUUAUAAACAUUCGAUGCCGCGCCUGGGCCCGCAACGUUAAAUACACGGAGAGUUUGAAGGAGAGGCUGGGCUCCACACAUCUCGAGAUUAUGAUCGACUGAUGGGACCAAAA